AUGUCGCGUCCGAAACAGCACAUCGUCUUUCUAACGGGACCUACGGGAACGGGAAAGACGACGAUAGCAAAGUACUUGACAAAUUCAUUACAAAUGACCUUUAUCGAAGGCGACGACUACCACCCAAAAGAAAAUGUAGAAAAGAUGCACAGAGGCGAAGCUCUCACCGACGACGACCGCUGGGGCUGGCUUGACGUCCUCCGCGACGAGGCCCUCAAGGAACUAGAGCGGGACCACCAGGGUGUCAUCGUCACCUGCUCCGCUCUCAAGCGCGCCUACCGUGACGUCCUGCGCGACGCCUCGCACCCGGAAAAGGAUAUCUUUGUCCACUUUGUCACGCUGCACGCGCCCGAAGAGGUUCUUUUCGAUCGUGUCAAGAACCGGCACGGUCACUUUGCCGGGUCCAACUUGGUGCACAGCCAAUUCCAGAGCCUGGACCCACCGCAGGCAGACGAGCCCGAUGUCGUUGGUGUCGAUGUGCGGCCGCCUGUGGAUGAAGUGAAGAGUGAUGCAUUGCAGAAAUUGAAGGGCUUGCUGAGUAGGUGA